UGACUGCGAGCUCAACGAUAAACAGGAAGGCUACAGGAAAUACCGUUAUUACAUUCAUCCAGACGCAGCUGUGACCAUGAAGAAGAACAAAGCCAAGGCAAGCAGCAAUACUGAGAAGGAGUUUGUGUUCGAGUUCAGGGCAGGUAAACACAACUGUGUCCUUAAAGUGCCCCUGCAGUUUCCUGUGCAGGAGAACAUCAGUGACCUCCACGGACGCCUGAUGCUGCUGCACAAAAUGCCCUGCUUCUUAGAAAGUGAACUGAAAAACUCACUUUCCGGUUUCGUUGAGAAGGAGACGAUUCUGGAUUAUGACAGAGAGGCAGAGCUGGCCCUGCAAAGACUCACGACAGGAGACGUAGAUGUAAACAAGCUCACCAGUGCAUGGACCAGGUCUUACGUGGAGACGACACUGGAACAUGCGCGGCCUGAAGAGCCCAGCUGGGAUGAGGACUUUGCCAAUGUGUACCAUGAGCUGAUCCACUCCCCCGCCUCAGAUACGCUGCUCAACCUGGAGCACAACUACUUUGUUAGCAUCUCUGAGCUCAUCAGCGAGCGAGACAUGGAGAUUAAGAAGCUUCAGGAGAGGCAAGCGGCAGAAAUGGACAAAGUCAUGCACGAGCUGGGAAACACACUCAGUGACCAGGAUGUGAACGCAGUAGCUUCUCAACACUUUGAUGCACAGCAGCUGCACAACAGCUGGAGUAACCUCCGCCAUUAAAGUGCUAUACAAAUACAGGCCAUUUACCAAAAACAGUCGAUUCGAGAUAAUAAACACCAGACAUUGGUCUCUCGUCCCUCUCAAUUUUCCAGUGAGGAGAUUAAGGUGCAGCCCAGCCAGCUGUCAGAAGCCGCAGAUUCGGGUGCCAGGAUGUUCGAGGAGCAGCCUCAGCUGGAGGAGAGUUUCACCAUACACUUAGGAGCGCAGCUAAAGACGAUGCACAACCUGCGACUGGUCCGAGCGGAUGUGCUGGAUUUCUGCAAACACAGACGACACGGCAGCAGCGGAGCCAAGCUGCGGCGGCUGCAGACGGCGCUUUCGCUGUACUCCUUCUCGCUGUGCGGUCUGGUGCUCCUGGUCGAUAACAGGGUCAACUCCUACAGUGGCAUCAAGAGAGACUUUGCAACUGUGGCAAAGGAGUGCACAGACUUCCACUUCCCCUGCCUAGAAGAGCAGCUGGAGGAGGUGCAGCAGGUGGUGCUGUACGCCAGAGCCCAGCGGAGCAGCAAGCACAAAGACCAGCCCGAGACUCAAAAGAACGGCGGUGAUGAUAAGAGCAAAAAUGUUGAAAGAAAUCCCUCGAAUAUCUUACCAGGCGAGUUCUAUAUCACGCGGCACUCCAACCUGUCGGAGGUCCACGCCGUCUUCCAUCUGUGUGUGGAUGACAACGUCCGAUCGGGGAACAUCACCGCCCGGGACCCCGCCAUCAUGGGCUUGAGAAACAUCCUCAAGGUGUGCUGCACUCACGACAUCACCACCGUUACCAUCCCUCUGCUGCUCGUCCACGACAUGUCCGAGGAGAUGACCAUACCGUGGUGUCUUAAAAGGGCGGAGCUUGUAUUCAAAUGUGUCAAAGGUUUUAUGAUGGAAAUGGCGUCGUGGGACGGCGGUGUGUCACGCACAGUCCAGUUUCUAGUGCCAAAGACUAUCUCAGAGGAAAUGUUCUACCAGUUGAGCAACAUGCUGCCGCAGAUCUUCCGCGUCUCCUCUACCCUUACUCUCACCUCGAAGCACUGAUUGGUUGAACCUCAGCUCAUUCAAAUGAAGACAAGUAAAGUCUUUGUGUUGUUUUUAUUAAACUAGGAUGAAUAUAGAGACUUUGUGACAUAGAUAACUUCCAUUUGUUGUUUAAAAACAAUUCAGUUAUGGUGGCAUUCAGUGCAAAAGAAUUGAUGAACUUUCCUAUUAUUGCACCGUCCAAAGCUGCUCACUCUGACUGGAAGAGGACUGGAUUCACUGGCACGCUCAAACAGCUGCUGCAGUUAUCAUUUAGAGUCUCCAGGGUGUGGUUCUGGUGACAGCGUUUUAUUACAUUAGCUGCCAGUGCUGCAGACAGUUUUCCUUUAAAGCUGCGAUCUGCAACUUUGUUCACGUUCAGCUGCUUGAAGUCGG